AUGCCUACACUAGACUCGGAUCCCGCCAACGGGCUUGAUAACUACGAUGUUGACGACUUUUCUGACGACCCCUUUGCAUCACCGCCACCAGAAGCCGCCAACAAGAAGCGAAAAGAGCCAGAUUCUGGUCUUGGUAUUGAUCAAGAGGUUGAUGUCAAGAAGAGGGCACGAGUUCCCAAUGUAAAACUCGACGAAGAGAGAUUACUCGGACCCAAAGGUAUUCCCAAGCUAAGGCAAAGGGCAAAGGACCUCAAGAUCAAGGGCAAGGGCCAUGAAUUCUCUGACGCCUCUCGACUUCUAUCCUUCUAUCAACUAUGGCUAGACGACCUCUUCCCCAAAGCCAAAUUCCUCGACGCCCUUACCAUGGUCGAAAAGGCCGGCCACAAGAAACGAGUCAUGAUUGCACGAAGCGAUUACAUAAACGAGAGCAAGCCCAAAGACAGAACUGCAGAUGAUGAGGAAGAGGACGACUUGUUUGGUGAAAAUGAUGCAUCGAGACCUACAGAGCAGGAGGGUACAAGGCCAGCAGAACCUGCAAGGCCAAAAACACCAGAGCAAGACCCAGGCGUACCAGACGACGACGAUCUCUACGAUGCUACACCACGAGCUGCACGACGAAGCGCAGGACCAAUUGUCCCCAUCCGCAACGACGUUCCAGAAGACGAUGAUUUCGAGGCUCUUAUUGCCGAGGCAGCAAGUCACGACGCAGCUCAGAAAGCGAAAACAAAACCCACACCAGCAGAGCCAGAUGAUGAUGACCUAGAUGCACUCAUGGCCGAGGCAGAAGUGCAAGAUACAGCGAAGAAACCAGAAGCGGCGCCAGUAGAGCCAGAUGACGAUGAUCUAGAUGCGCUGAUGGCCGAAGCUGAGAGUCAUGAUCAGACGAGCAAAGAGAAAAGUCAAGGCUCAAAAGAUAAGGAGACAAACAAUUUUGACGAUGAAGAGGCUGCUAUGCAAGAAAUGGAUGGGUUAUGGUAA